AGACUCAGAGCUGUGAUGUACCCCCAUAAGCUACCCCGCUCACGCAUCCUUUGCCGUAUUCACUUUAGAGAUAGAGUGGAUACGUUUCUUAUAAAUUUGAAAUUCUUCGGUCAUCAUGUGCCCAGAAUCUGCAUAUAACUAAGGUGGAAUUGAAACAUCAAGAUCCGUCAAAAUGGGAGCUCCUGAAAAUGGUUCCUCUUCCUGUCUUCUUGCAGUGCAGCAGCACACAAAAGCUGCAAUUAAACGUCUCCACACAUUCUCGGAUGCGAUUCACGAACGAAUCUGCACUUCAGCAGUAACGCGUCCGAUUCUAACGUUGCUGGGAUUGUCUUUUGGAACGAUAUUAUGAAGAUACUAAAUAUUAAUAUUUGUUUUUUGUUUCCUAGUUAGGUGCUGUGCUCCACCGAUGAUAUUAAUACUUUCUCCACGAGUAGUUGUGUCUGUGUGCAUCUUCGCCUCCUUAAUAUUAUGGUUCCCUCUUCUCUAGCUCUAAUCCCUCUCCUCCUUACCGUCGCGUGGAGCACACGAAGGUCGUAUCCCGGUGACCAGGAUGAACGCACGAAAGACAGUGUGGAUGUGUGGAAGGCGAGGGAGAAUCCGAUCAUCCAGGUCGAAGAUGCGUACAACAAUGCCAUGAUCGACCGAGUCAAAUGGAUCAAGGAUGAAGAACGAUUUGAAACGGACACGGAGUUUUUAAGGCUGCUAAUGAUCACUUUUUUGCCGAUUUGGUACUUACUUGGACGUGGACGGUCAUGAUUCAUUGUCAUUGAUUCUAGUCGAUUAAAAGUACAAGAGAAGUGAAGAAUCCUUUUCGGCUUGUUGACAAGAAAAUGAUUCAAAAUUUUCAAUUUCUAAGUACCUAGAAGUUGUACAGCUCUAGGUCAACAAGUUAUUUCAGCACAGCUCUAAUCUGUCUAUCCCGAAGGCAAGGAGAAUUCCCGACGCCUCAUGACGGCGGCGUUAUGCGAACUCUCUUUGGUCCAGCACCGCCGCAGCAAACGAAAAUCGGAGGGAGAGCGCAAAUCUACUACAGGACGAAAGAUGGGAGCAAGGUAAGGCGUUCUUUUGCCGCGUUUUACUUUCGUACUCGUCGGACUUCAGCCUCAUCAAGCACAACAAGAAUAAACUCAUCUUCCCUGCUCACGACAGAUCUUCACACCGCAAAAUCUCCAUGCGAUGUGCCGAUUGGAGCAUGUUUGGCACAGCGUGGGGAUGUUCGACGGACCGCCAGAGGGCUACUACCUGGCUCCUGGUCGCAUCAGUCGUGCUGUCCAACACUUCGCUGGCAAUCAGCAGACAGGCUCUGACCGGUUUACGUUCCCAAUUAGUGAUUGUGACGCAGUGCUGACAAAGACGCAAGCAGAAAUCGACGCGUGGGCUGGUACCACUUUUUACCAGCCCUACUUGGCUGGAGACGCCGGAUACGGGUUCUUCCUAGAGAAGGCGUUCGCAACGAAAGGCUUUACGAGCGUCACGCGAAGUGGGUUCGCGAUGCUUGGUGGCGCAAGAGAAGAGCAGGGCGCAGAUGGUCUGGAUUUACUGCAGGAGGCACUCGAAGUCGACAACGGAUGGUGGAAUCCGAGGUUCCUGCACACCUUGUGGCUCACACUACCAAAAGCGCCCAAUGUCGAAGUACGAGCGAUUGACCCGCUGAUGAAAUCGCAAGCGAGUUUGGAGCUAGUGCUGUCCAGAGAUUUGGGAUUUGGUACUGGCGAAUUCAAAAAAAUGAGAACUACAGGAAACUCAUCAAAAAAAAUUUAUAAGAAAGAAACAACUAUAUUGUAAAUUACGCCACCUUCACAGCUUCAACGAACAUCAGAGAAAUCCGCAGAACUCUGAAGAGAUUCACGGAAGUGGUAGGUCCAAUCCGAAUCGACUAACUUAACGUCAUCAAUGUAAAUUUCACCAACGAUAACAGCCGCAAUCUCCAGGUCUUCCCUUCACUUUCGUGACGGUUUGGCUUGUCGUUUUUCUUCACACACACUCUUUCCUGUGCGCCUCCGUCGUGGUCAUGUUCGUCGUUUUCGCUAUGGUUGCCGGAGUCAUUGGAUACUACCUCGUUCUACGCCUCGCCUAUUUCGAUUCCUUUCUGCAGCUGACAUUAUUUGUGAUGCUGGCAGUUGGCGCAGACAACUUCUUUGUGCUUUGGGAAGCCACGAAAUUGGAAGUUGGAAAGGCUCGCAGAGAUGCAACUGCUCUUGUGGCUAAAGUAACACAAAUAUCAGCUCUAUUUGCGGAUCGAGCUGGAGAACAAACACCUGGUGGUAGUGGUACGUUGGAGCAAACAACAGGAGUUGGAGGUAAGAAUAUGGUUGAUGACGUGACCGUGAGCGUGCCAGCCGAUGGAACUACCACAGCUAACGGAGGAGCCAGCAACGAAGCAGUUGUGAGUACAUCACAAGUGAGUCCGCAUGACGUUAGUACUGGUUCAUCUCUCAUCUCGCCAGAGAAACAAGACAAUCUUCUCAGUACAGCUAUAGCUUCUAAAAUCCCAUCAAAAGAAGUAGAGGCACAACACCAGAGCAUCACGCCCUUUUCUUCUCCAGAGAAAAAAGAUGCAGAACAGGUAAACUACGGUCCAGAACUACGACGUGAAAUUGUACCUAUAAGCAGCCCAAGAAUCGAUGACCACCCCGACGACGAUGAUGGCGACAGAACCCCCGACGCAGAAAUCUCCCCUCUUGACAAUGGUGCUUGGCGUGUGGGUGCUGAACGCGUUCCUGCUAGAAUAGUGAAAACGAGAAGCAUCACAAUAGCAGUUUAUCUCGGUCUUUCACGUGCGUUGAAGCGUGGUGCUAGUAGUAUGUUUGAAACAUCAUUCACAACAGCGAUGGCGUUCUUUGCCAUGGUGCAGAGCACAGUUUCGCCAGUAGCGCAUUUUGGUGUUUUUGCAGGCUGCAUGAUAGUUGGAGGUUACAUCCUAGCACUCUUUGGCUUCCCACAAGUCAUCGCACUAUAUUACUUGAGGUUGCAGCGGAAGGGAGAACAAGAAUUCGCGCUUCUGGAACAAGAUGAGCAGUCCUCUACUUCGGCAUUGGCUGCAGCGGCUAACAACAUAAAGAACACGUCGAAAGAUUCAGAAAAGCAAGCACCACCAGUAUGCGAUCAUCAAGACCUACCGGAGAAGAAACAAGGACUAGAAGUAGAUGGUGCCAACAAUAGUGUCAAUAGUUCCGCGUGUAAGCGUUUCUGGGCACGAGUGUCGGUAAAACGCUUUCUGGGAGAAGUGUAUCAGACAAUCACAAAAUACCAUAUUGAUUGCGGUGGAGGCGCUUCAAGUUCAAAACCCGAGGAGGAUGAGCAGCAAGAGAAUGAGAACUGCAGCAAAGAACAAUCAUUGUCUACUCCGAACAAAGUUGUCUCCUCAACAAAUACUUCUAGUCCAACAUCUUCUUCCUCUCCAUCCACAGGCUAUCGCCUCUUCCCUGUCGCUCUGCUCGUCGCCGCCAUAACCACAGGAUUCACUUGUUUCAUGCUCGCAGCAACGUUGAAGCUAUCGCCACCGUCCAAAGCUUUCGAGUUAAUGCCUGAAGGACACAUGAUGGUGGACUUCUAUCCCUAUGGAUUCAAAACUUUUUUAUCCUCGGGUGGCGAUUUCCGAACUAUCAUGGUGAUUUGGGGCAUCGAUGCGGACAAACCACAAAAAAAUCUCGAUGAGUUAGAGUUCUGGUUCCCGUGGCAGACGAAUCCAGAACCGAACUACUACUUCAAUGGAGGUUCGAUUAUGGCUCAUCAUGAUUUAAUCUUUUAGAAUUUUAUCGAUUUCGAUUCUACUCUUAUUUUUCGUCAACCACUUGCGCUUGCCUUUUUUUAUUCCGACGAACUUGAUUCUGAGACAGAGUGCUUGAGUAGAAGACGUCAAAGUCAACCACAGCGAAUCAUCGAAAAAGCUCUAAUUCAAAAACCAUGACCGACCCUGAAGCACUUCGCCACAUUCUCAAAGUGCAAAGGCGCUUACUCGCUGAACCUUGCCGUGGUCGAGAGAUCUGUGACGGCCGUCAUCCCAGUGGCAAACUCUUUCUUCCAGAAGCCUUCUACGACGCCGUCCAUUCCACUUUGGCAGUAAACAGCACAGCUUACAAUGGCAUGGCUUUUCCCCAAACCAUCUACAACAACAGCGGCGUGAAUGUCACUUCUGUCACUGUUCCGACGCCAGGCCCUUUAGCUGCGUUGUACUACAAUGUGCCAGAUACAGUGCUCCAAAGUCCGACCUUUGACUAUACCGCAGCUAGCGUGGCCGCACACGCUGCUCCUUACCCUUUUCAGGGAACUGGACUCUUUGCCAACAGUACCGACACGACCUCUGCCCUUACGCGGUCCAAGUUAGUGGCAGAGUCACACUACCGCUCAAUGGAGUAUACGUGGCCAGAGGGUGCUCGUGGGGUGAGCAAGUUGACCCCAGCGCUUGCCCAUCGCGAUAAAAACGACCAGGUUCGCUGGCUCCAGACGUCAGAAGCCGGCCAUCCGGGAUCUGCGGUGUUCAAUUAUGUUGUAAAGCUGUUCUUCCCCUAGCUUACGAAGUAAGUACCGAAGACUGGUGAAUAUCAGACUGACUGCAUGCCGCUGCAGCUUCAUUCAUUCGCCAAGUUCCCAAUCCAAUGAUUUACCAAUACCACCUGGAGUGGGUACAUUCACUCACUCACUCACUCACUCACCUCUCGCCCCUUCUAAUCCACCGAGCUCCUGUUCGAGUGGAAGGUCGGCCCCCUCGAGUACUGGCACAACGCAGACUACCAAAUUUACACGACUACGCUAGCCGUUCCUGGCGAUGCCAAUAUGGGUAGUUUAAGUUUCAAGGCUGCCGACUCCCUAUACCACGCCUUAAAAGACAUUCUAGACGAAAUGAAUGCCAAUGCCCCAGCCAGUCUAGGAAAAGCCGUUUUUCAUGCAAAUCUGCGGUCUUACGUCUUGAAUGUGGAAUUGCGCGAAACGUUGUUCUCAGGCUUACUACUCAUGUUGCCCUUGUGCUUUGGCCUAUUGGUGCUUGCGAGCGGAAACAUUGUGGUGAGUUUCUUGGCAAUUUUCAACGUGGCUAGUUUGGUUUGCCAGGUGAUGGGCUGCUUUCAACUGAUGGGGUGGGAGCUAGGUUUGCUUGAGUCGUUGGCUGGCAUCAUCGUGAUCGGCCUUGCUAUGGACUACACAUUGCAUUUCUGCCACGUGUUCACCGAAGCUGGGAGAAAGAAAGGUACUGCUCAACUACCUUAGUUACUCUGUCUCGGAUUCCCUCCUCGAGGGCGCGUAUAGAUACUACUAGCGGCAACCUUCACGCAGCACAAACAAUCCUGUGACCCUUAUCCCAGGCCUCCAACUACGCCAUGAGCGUGUGAAACAUGCUUACAAGUGCAUGGGCCCAACGAUUUUUGCCGGUUUCGUCACUUCCGCGAGUGCCGGUCUCUUCCUCCUGAGCUUCUCUAUCACACCAUUCUUCCAACAAAUGGGCGUCGCAAUAUUUCUGACGAUUCUGGGAUCGGUGUAUAUUUAUGGCUCGCUCACGACCAGGAUUUUUCAACCGACUUGAUUUUGAUUUUCUCUCUUUUAGAAUAUGAAAUUCUUGGAGGAAUGAGGAAGAUUUAAAUUCAAAUAAGAAAAAGAAGUUUUACUUUAUAUUAAGCUAGCGAGAAGACGCCACAGCCACACCACGCAAAUACAUCUCUACUUUCAGUGAAAAUGAGUAGAGGGAAAAGAUUCUCAGCAGAUUCAGAACGCAGAGUCCUUAAGUUCUAAUCCUUGGCCUUGGUCUAUCUGCCUUGCCUUCUCCUGCUCAUGGGACCUGCAAGAGACUUCGGAGACCUCUACUUCGCAGCCACCGCUCUCUCCACAGCGCCAAAAUCGCUACUGGAACGCUUCUCGCCGAAUAAGGUCAAGAAAUGA